AUCUUAUUUUUACCAAGUCUGACUGAUUGUCUAUCAAUGAUUAUUUUGUAAUUUGUAAUGAUUGAUCAGAAAUAAAACAAUUAUCUACUUUAAUUUAAUUUACAGCAUCAAGAAAUAGUUUCAAAUUUCUCUAUUGCUUGUAACUGUGCUUGUGCUUUGUGAAAAUGACAAUCGAAGGGAACAAGGACGAAGCUGAAAAAUGCAUAGAGAUUGGGGAAAUAAAUUUAAAAUUCGGAAAUUAUGAAAAAGCUGAGCGUUUUUUGCUCAAGGCUGAACGAUUAUAUCCUACAGCCCGAGCUAAGAAGCUAUUGACGGUUGUUCGGGCUGCUGCCUCCUCGGGCGGAACAUCGUCGACCAAACGCACUCCACCUAGUAGCCCUGAUGCAGAUGCGAGACGUCGCAAAACGCCUACUCAUCAGCCAGCCCAAAAAGAAUAUACUGCGGAACAGUUAGAAGCAGUGCGUCGUAUUAAUACGAAAUGCAAGAAUUAUUACGAGAUACUAGGUGUGACCAAGGAGUCUACAGAUUCUGACAUCAAAAAAGCUUACAAAAAGUUAGCCUUGCAACUGCAUCCCGAUAAGAAUCAAGCACCUGGUGCCGCUGAAGCAUUUAAGGUGAUCGGCAACGCGGUGGCCGUGCUCACGGACCCGGAGAAGAGGAAGCAGUACGACCUGCGCGGCGAGGAGCCGGCGCACGCGCCGCACACCCACCACCAGUACUACGCCAGGGGCUUCGAGUCGGACCUCACCGCCGAGGAGCUGUUCAACAUGUUCUUCGGGGCCACCGCAUUCUCCGGGGGUGGUCCAACGGUGUACACCCGCAGGCGAGCCCGCGAGCCGGAGCAGAGGGACAACCACGCGGGCCUGGUGCAGCUGCUGCCGGUUCUGGUGCUGGUGCUGCUCUCGAUGAUGUCCGGGUUCUUCAUCAGCGAGCCGGUGUACAGCCUCAGUCCGAACGCCAAGUAUCCGGUGCCGAGGGAGACGGUUAAUUUGAAGGUUCCGUACUACGUUAAGGAGAAUUUCCACACCGACUACCAGGGCUCGUUGAAGCGUCUCGAAAUGGCCAUAGAAGAGGAGUAUAUAGGUAUGAUAUUAUAUAGACCACCGUCUACCACUAACAGCUUCACCCUCUUAAACGACAAUUUCGUUUUAAUCCUAAUGUUCCUGAGGAAAUAUCAACGUGAAAAGUAG